AUGCCAAAUUUGACGGACAAUAUCCUUUCUGUGGUAUAUCUCAUUUUGACACUUGCAGUUUCUGUAUUUUCUGUCUGUUCAUUUGCUUUUGGGACUAAUUUUUGUGUUGUUCUAAUCAUCGUUAUUGUCUUUUUAGCAGCAACAUUUUACUUGGUCACGCAUUACAUCAAGUUCCAAACAUGUACAUAUAAACGCAUCACAAUGGUAAUUCCAAAUUUGCCAGACUCCCUUAAAGGGAAAAAGAUAGCAAUUGCUAGUGAUUUUCAUAUGGACAAGAAACGUUCCUGUAUCACGGACCGCCUUUUGGAGGAGUCCGUCAAUUUGAUGACAAGCAUGUCUCCCGAUGCAAUCUUUUUAUUGGGUGAUUUCCUUGACAACGAACACACCGCGGUGAGCGACAUGUAUGCUUCAUUUGACAAGCUUUCUGCAAUCUGCCCAGUCCUUGGAAUCUAUGGCAACCACGAUUAUGUGGGAGGAAAUCCUUCACUCCUCAAUGACAAGUUCCAGGCGCAUGGUGUUACAAUUGUUCCCAAUGGAUAUGCAGUAAAACUGUUUAACAAAAUUGAUGUAGUUGGUAUCGACGAUUUAGAGCAGGUGACUUACAACCCAUCUGUACUUUCCUCUUAUUGCCAACACAAUCGUGUUAAUGAUGGAGAGUACAACCCGAUUUUUGUGAUCACACACAACCCUGAGAGUACAGACCACAUCAAGAAUUACCCCGUCGAUGCCAUUUUUGCGGGACACACACAUGGUGGUCAGAUAUGUGUUCCCAGCGGAACACCCCUUCUCAAAUUCUGGGCUAAAAUACCAAACGCCUUUUGGUGGAGCGACAAAAUGCGUGCCCGUAUGGAAGCUGUAUGUAACAUGAAGUAUAUAUAUGGCUGGUACUCCGAACAAUGCUCGACAAAUCCAGACAAGAAGAUACAAGUCUUGGUAAGUUCUGGUGUCGGGUCACAUAUGGGUCUUCGUGCUUGUUGCGAGCCUGAAGUUAUUCUUGUUACACUUGCGUGA